UCAAGCUUGCCGCAGGUGUCUGUCUCCAAGACGACGGUGUCCCGUACGCUUGUAGGGGGAAUUCCGGUUUAUCGGGAUCGAACAGGGCGGACCUCGUUAGAUUCAUGAUUGAUCGAUCGGCCCAUCCACCGACCAACUAAAUACUGGGAUUGAUCGAGGUGGGAGACAGAGGCGGGGGAGCAGGAAGCCGCGGUUAUGCGAGCAGGUGGUGCUCCGUAAGUUUGUCGCCGACCAUACUUGCACGGUUUCGCGGAAAACCCUAGAAAUCGAGCUGUCGUUGCCGUCGAAGCCCAGUGCUGCGGGGCUGUCCAGGUUCGGUGGAAGAGUCCCUGGGUAAGAACGUAGCUUUGCUGACCCGCUGGAAGUCUGCAGCUAGUUUUCCGGAAGAAAGAGAAGCAGCUUCCUCCUUCCGACCUACGGCCGGAAGUACGAGCUCCGAUGCGGCUUGUCCCUCCGUCGUGCCUAAAGCGGGGAAGCAACGGCUAGGGAAAAGGGACAGGGUGCGGGGUGGGAUCAGGGUGGAGCCACAAAAUCUGUUACAGAAGCGCGUGGAAGGGGCGACAGGGUUGGGACGGGGUGGUUCCGAUUCGGAGCAGCGAGGAAAUUCGGUUUCUUGGGGAUCUUGGGGGGACGGCGGUUGUGGGGGAGAGAGAGAGAGAGCGAAAGAGAGGCAGAGGAUAAGGGUGAGUGGUGGUGGGCAGAGUGGAAGCCCGUUCGACGAAGUGCGAAACAGGAGGCGUCGGCGUGGCCGAGCGGGCGGGCGCACGGAGUGUGUGGGCGAGGAAGGGGAUGCGUGGAUAGGUUAGGGUGCAGCAGGUGCGGGUGAACGUGUGAGUGUCGGUGGUUGAGAGCGAGGGGGUCAAUGAGUGUGUGAGCGAGGGGGCUGCGGGGGAGGAGGUGACUCCCGGCUGGUCUGCAUGCAUGGCGUCGGCGCUCCUUCUCACUCAUGAGCGGCAUAGCAACGUUUACUCCGCAGGGUUGGCCGACAUGAUGAAGCGAGGAGCGAAGAUGGCGAAGGCGAGUACGGAGGCGCCGCAGGAGGUGCGGGUGCUGAAGCGGAAGUCGAUGAGCUUGAACCAGGAGUACGCGCAGGGGGCGAGUGGCGUGGUGACGGUGGACGUGGCGAAGCUGUCGCGCGAGCAGAGGAGCGAAUUGAGGAAGAAGCUGAAGCGGGGGCUGGAGGAGGUGCGGUUGGUAGUGUCGCGGAUCGACACGUGGUUGGAGGUGCUUUCGAGGGGGAAGGGGAAGCCGCUGUCGCAGUCGCAGUCGCAGUUGCAGGGGGUGGCUUCGGAGGGGAAGCAGCAGCAGCAGCAGCAGCAGCACCAGCAGCAGUGUCGAAGCAGCGAGGCGAAGUUGGGUCGAGCGGACGUGAACGGGCUAGGGCAGGGUCCGGGGCAUGGACAGGGGCAGGGGCGGAAGGAGGUGGCGUCGGUGAUCUCUGAUCCGGCGUCGUCGUCGGGCGAGACGCCGCGGGACAUGCCGAAGGAGAUGUCGGAGAGGGAGGCCCGGUUGGCGCGGCAGCCGAGCGUAUUGAUACCGGAGGUGGCUUUGGGGACGCCGAGCGAGAAGAUGAAGCGGACGCCGAAGGCGAAUCAGUUGUACGUGAACUCGGAGUUCGUGUCGGGGAAGGACAAGAUGCCGGCUCCGGAGAAGGCGAAGGCGAAGCGGACGGCGUCGGGGAAGUGGGAGACGAAGGACCCGCGGAGGCAGAAGGUGGAGGCGGCACGGGGGAAGAGGGUGGCGGACAUGCUGAAGCAGUGCACGACGCUGCUGCGGAAGCUGAUGACGCACAAGCACGGGUGGGUAUUCAACGAGCCGGUGGACGCGGAGAAGCUGGGGCUGCACGACUAUCACUCGAUAAUAAAGAAGCCGAUGGAUUUGGGGACGAUAAAGAAGAAGCUGCACGGGAAGGGGUAUCCGUCGCCGGUGGAGUUCGCGGAGGACAUCCGGCUGACAUUUGCGAACGCGAUGACGUACAACCCGGUGGGGCACGACGUGUACGUGAUGGCGGAGCUGCUGAAGAGCAUAUUCGAGGAGUGGUGGAAGAACAUGAGCAGGAAGAUGGAGGAGGAGAAGAGGCGAGCGGAGAAGGAGGAGGAGAUGCUUUUGAACGACGAGGAUUCGGUGGAGGAGACGGGGGAGGUGCGGAGGGGGGAGAGGGACCUUUCGUCGCUGACGCGGGGGAAGACGAGUUCGCGGAUGGCGUCGCAGCCGAAGCCGCGGCCGGACGAGGUGGGGAAGAGGGCGAUGACGUUCGAGGAGAAGAGGAAGCUGAGCGUGAACUUGGAGAGGCUGCCGGGGGACAAGCUGGAGCGGAUUGUACAGAUCAUAAAGAAGAGGAAUCCGGAUUUGGGGCAGAACGAGGACGAGAUCGAGGUGGACAUCGACUCGUUCGACAACGACACGCUGUGGGAGCUGGACCGGUUCGUGACGAAUUACAUGAAGAGCAGGGGGAAGAAGGCGAAGUCGAAAGCGGCGAGAGGUGGCGGGGGCGAAGUGCGGAGAGGAGGACGAGCAGGCGGGGAAGGCGGUGAGAAGGAUGUAGAUAUCGACGAUGAUGUGGGGCCAGCGAAGUUCGCGCCGGUAGUGAUCGACAAGGGGAGAGAGUCGAGCAGCUCUGGGAGUGACAGCAGCGACUCGGGAAGCUCGGACAGUGAUUCGGAUUCGGGAAGCUCAUCGGGGAGUGAAUCUGAUGCCGAGGAUGGGCAAACGGGCGGUGCCGGACCCAAAGCAUCACAUGAUAAGUCGAUUGCGGAUUUUCCACCGCAAGCGAUGCAGGACCCGGUGGGUAGAGAGCCCGCAAGCGAGCAGAAAGACAGCCGUUGUGCAGAGGCGGAGGCGACCAAAAAGGAUGUGUUAGUGGUACACGGGGAGACGGUGUCUGAGAGGGCGGUGGUUCCGGAGAAGAGUCCUCCGGCGAGACAAGUUUCACCGGAGAAACAGUUGCGGGCUGCGCUGCUGAAGGGGCGUUUUGCGGACCUGAUAGUGAAGUCGCAGGGGAAGGCGUUACCGGACAGCAAGAACGACAAAGUAGACCCGGAGAAGUUGAAGAGAGACCGGGAGGAGAUGGAGAGAAGGCAGAGGGAAGAGAAAGCAAGGUUACAUGCCGAAGCGAAGGCGGCCGAGAUCACGAAACGGAAGGCAGAAGCAGAGGCGGCUUUGCUGGAGAAGCAGAAGCGGGAGGUGGAACGAGAGGAGGCCCGACGCGAGCUGCAGCAGAUGGAGAGGACGGUGGAGAUCGACGAGAACAGCGGGAUUCUGAAGGACCUGGAGAGACUUCGGUCGGGUCCGCUGGAGGCGAUGCUGGGGUCGGUGCACGAUGCGGGGAACGGGGAGGAGGGGUCGCCGGAUGGGUCGUCGACGAUAGCGCUGCAGGGUGGGAGUAAUCCACUGGAGCAGCUUGGGCUGUUCAUGAGGAACGACGAUGAGGAGGAAGAUGAGGAUGCGGACGUGGACGGGGAGGACGAGAUGGAGGUGGAGUGCGGGGAAGCGAGGGAGGAGGGAGGGGAAGAGGACGAAGUGGUGGAUGUGGAGGACGGGGAGAUCGACGUGGACUAGGCCGCGGCGGGGGGUUGUAAAAUGUGUUGGUAUGGGCACAGGAGGUUUUGGAAGGGGUAUGCGUUGGGCAGGGGGAUGAUUUUGGUGGUUCCCCCUCCACUGCGGGUUCUCUCGUAGCAGGGAGAGAGGUAGAUUAAGGGGCUGGACGAGCUCGGCACCGGAGGGAGGUGCGGAGGGUUGCGGCCAUUGUACAAUGGUAGGCUGUGAAGAGAGGCGAGGGUAGGGUAGGGUAGGGUAGGGUAGGAAGCAUUGGUGGAGAGGGUAGGAAGUAGGGAUCCUUGGUCUUCGAAAGGAAGGAAAUGGGAGAAAUUUUAUAAAAAGAAAGAAUGAAAGGAAGAAAGAAAGAAUGGAAGGAAGGAGGGAGUUCGAAGCGACUCGAUUGGAAGCAGAAAAGCUAAUGUUAUAUGUGGUUGAGGUGAAUGUGUUGUGGGGUUGCGGACA